CCACUUAACGUUUUAGUUAUUUAGGCGUUUGUUAACACCAGGGAACUCAAAAUAUGACCUAUUUAACUUCCCAGCAUCACAUAUUUACCCCCCAAGUGGUGUUUAAUUAGUGUUUGAGAAAGCACGUAUUGAUAUAUAUGUUAUCUAGGUAAUGGUAUUUAGCUAGCUGCUAAGAAUGGCUAACUGUAACGAUAUGGUUUUUCACACUCAAAUAGCCUCCAUUAUGGAGGUUCUAGCGAAUACAGCCGUGGCAGAGAUCUGUAAACUCGUAGAUGACGACUAUGCAGUGUUUCGUUUGGAAAUAACUCGAAGCCAGAAAGAAAACAGGUCAUUGCGGAGGAAACUACAGCUACAGGAACUGAAGGUGGCACGGGAGCGCGUCCUCGCCAGUCGUCCCAGUAGUGCCAAGAUCCUCGAGCGAUACAGAGGAAUGGCAAGAGGUGAAGGACAUUUCACUGCGGGUCACAGGGGCUUUGUGAAGCCAGUGGGACACAAUACAUGGAGAGAUGACCAACCAAUUACAGUUGAGGGGAGUGGAACCUCAACCCAGAAUGUUAUCGUGAUAGAGUCUGCAGAGGCUGCAGGUCCUGGGGUGAAGCCAGAGGGGUCUGAAGGAGAGGAGGACCCACGGCACAGGAGAGACAUCCAGACUGGAGUCGAGGACCCUACCACCGCCGCAGCGCAGCCCAGGACUCGACGCAGCAUCACGGAGGUCAGUGGAACGCUGACCGCCGUCCUCAAGUCAAAGACAGACACCAAGACUUUAACUGUAACUCAUAGUCUCUUACAUACAGGACAUGACCACAUAUCAGACCCCGGUCUGGGGAGACUGGUCUGUCCUCCUGCUUCCAGCUCAGACUAUUUACCGGUAUUUCACCAGAGCCAGAGGCCUGUUCAUUCCCAUGGGGAUGGAGACACGUUAGAUACUGGUGGUGAUGAUCCUACUUGUUCUUACACUACAGAGGACCUCAACAUGCCCUUGGGUUUAGAGACACAGGCAGAUCUGUCUAUAGGGGACUGGAACCAGUACAGCAGUAGCGUAUACUCUGAAGGGUACUUAGAUAAGGAAGGGGAGGGACUGGUCAUAGAUGAAGUGACUGUGAAAUUGGAGGGUGAUGUCCCUCCCACAUGGAAUGCAGAUCACCUAAGAGAAGGCCACUCGCAGGGCAGAGAUUUCUUAGACUACAGGAAAAGCUUAGAGUCAAAUCCAAAUGUUGCGACCCACUCCCCUUUACACACGCUCAGAGAGCACAACCCUGUGUCCACGUCGAUGGGGUCUUCUGAUUCACACGGCCACAUCCUUUUCGAUCAGGUAUUGAACUCAAACAGGGAUAAAACCCAGGCUUGGGGAGGGGGAGCAACAUCAGGCAUUAGUAAAGAGAAACGGUUCCUCUGCAUGUUCUGUAACAAAGGCUUCAGCUGCCCCCAGAAGGUGGAGAUCCACCAGAGGGUCCACACAGGAGAGAAACCAUUCAGCUGCACCCAGUGCCACAUGCGCUUCACCGAGGCUGGCACCCUGAAGCGGCACCAGAGGGUCCACACAGGGGAGAAACCUUACAGCUGCCCCCAGUGUGAGAAGAGGUUCUCCCGCCAGGACAAACUGAAGAGGCACCUGAAGGUCCACACGGGAGAGAGGCCGUUCGCCUGUACGCACUGCGGGAAGAGGUUCUCAGAGAGGAGCUACCUCAGAAUACAUCAGGAAAAAACCCAUUCCACUCUAACAUAGAAAGUAACCAUUCCAUUUGAUAGCUUCUAGAUCAAAGCCACAUUGAAGAUAGACUUUCAAUUUCCGCAACAACUAAGAGCGUUGGAAGUGCAAGGCCCAGACAUUGGAAUAUACACAGUGUACAAAACAUUAGGAACACAUGACAUGGACUGACCAGGUGAAAGCUAUGGUCCCUUAUUGAUGUCACCUGUUAUAUCCACUUCAAUUAGUGUAGAUGAAGGGGAGGAGACUGGUUAAAGAAGGAUUGUUAAGCCUCGAGACAAUUGAGACAUGGAUUGUGUAUGUGUGCCUUUCAUAGGGUGAAUUAGCAACACAAAAUAUUGAAGUGCCUUUGAACACUGGAUGCAAAUGACAUCCAGCCAACUUGACACAACAGUGGGAAGCCUUCGAGUCAGCAUGGGCCAGCAUCCUUGUGGAACGCUUUCGACACCUUGUGGA